AUGCAAUCACGGAAAGACCAGCAAAGAAGAGUAACUAAACUGUCCCUUAGCAAGAAAGUGCAAUCGUCUCUUUUAAAUGGUGGUGGUGAUAUUCCUUCUGUACAAGCACCAACUGAAUCCCCAAAUGAAACAAGUGUGCCAUUGCGCCAGGCCUCUGAUAUUUUAGUCUUGGAGAGUCAGAAUGAUUUCCUUUCUGUGUCAACUGCUGCUGGUAGCUCUAAUGUGGUCAUUUCUAAUAAUGCUAAUACUAAUGAGUUUCAAGACCCAAUAGUUCUCAGAAGUGCUUUUCAGGCCACCCUUCCAGAGUAUGAGCACUUUGUUGUCGCAUUAGAUCAAGCACACCCUUACCCAAAAAUUGUGAGCAUGAACCGUGGUGAGAUGUGUACAGCGCUGCUCAGGGUGAACCUUCGCAGCAAAGAGGAGGCAUUGCAAUGGCUGGCUGACUACCAAACGUCUUCGUCAACUGACUGGAGAGUCAGGCGAACGUUUGAGGAAAAUACACCUUGCAUCAUAUUUAAGAAAGAAUUUAGAUGUCACAACAAUACCUUAGCACAAUACAGGCCAAAAACAAAGAAAUGCAGAUACAAACAUACACUUUGUGAAGCGUCAUUAAUGAUAACAGUAAAAAACUUUAAAAUGCAGAGGAGUUCUGAUAAGUUCUUGAAAACUGCACCUUGUGAAAUUGUUAUAAAUAAUUUUCACAACCAUCCUCUUGCAGUAGCUGAUAGUUUAAGGCUGCGCCGACCUACACAACAAGUUAAAGACGCUUUCCUUGAACUGUAUAGAUCUGGCCACUCACCCUCCUCAGCUCACCGCACUUUCACUUUUGAUUUGCAAAUGAAACAUGGAGACGAAUUCUUCAAAGUGCUAGCUGAUGGGGCCCAAUGCCCUACCAAACAAUGGUGCUACCAACUGUACUACAAGACUUUCAAAGCUCAUUAUGGUGUCCCUGAUGGGCAGGAAAUGCUGCAAUCUCUCCAAGAUGCUGUUAACAAGUACAAUACAGACUGUGGAUCUGUUUGUGCAGCAGUUGAAAAAACAGACAGUGAUGUAGUUGUAGCAAUCUGCACUCCACUCAUGAAAAGGGUUCACCUGAACCUGAAAACGUGUAGUGAGAUGGUAUUUAUGGAUGCUGGAGGAGGCAUGGAUCGACAAAAUAACAGGAUCUUUGUGAUCCUUUCUCCUAGUGUUGCUGGAGCCUUGCCAGUUGGCUUAAUACUUACCAGCUCUGAAUCUGAAGAAAUGGUCACAAUAGGAUUAAAGCUACUGAUGACAAUAGUGCCUCCUAAUGGGUUUUAUGGGCGAGGUUCUAAAGGCCCAGAAAUAUUCAUGACGGAUGAUUCUACAGCUGAGCGAAAUGCUAUCAUGAAUGUUUUUCCUGAUGCUAUUCUGUUGCUCUGCUUAUUUCACAUUUUACAAGCUUUCUGGAAAUAUGUUACCCUAUCUGAACAUAAAGUAAGCACCAAUGAUCAACUGCACAUUUUUAAUCUCUUUAGGGAUUGGUGUUAUGUUGAGGAAGAGAAAGAGUUUAUGGAGUCAUAUUCAAAGAUUCUUGAAUAUUCAGAGGUAUCAUCUAAUUCCAUCCUAAAGAAACAUGUAAUCGACCUCUAUGAUAGACGCUCUGAGUGGGCACUGUGCUUCCGCUCAGAUUACCUGACUAGAGGAAACAACACAAAUAAUUAUGCCGAAAGUUCAAUAAGACAAAUGAAGGAGAGUAUUAUGGAGAGAACUAGGGCUUACAGUUUAGUCCAGCUGUUUGACUUCAUGACAUCUCGUCUUGAACUUUACUAUGAGCGAAGAAUUUCCUUUGUGUUGAACAACCGCACUGAGAACUUCUACAAAUCAAAACAUUUCACAAGACCUGAGAAAUUGUCUGACCUCAUCUGUUCUGCAACUUCUGAGGAAAACUUUUACAUUGUUGAAAAUUUAACAAAGAAAACCAAGUAUGUUGUUGACAUGAACUUGGAGCUUUGUGGUUGUCCGGUUGGACGAAAUGGAAAGGCCUGCAAGCACCAAUUUGCAGUAAUCGAAGAAUUCAAAUUGUCAUCAUCACAAUUUUUACCAUUUCAAGAUGAAGAGGCAAAACUUGCCCUCCAUAAAAUAAUGAGCACAGUUGAAGCACCACCAGGCUGGUAUGGGUCCCUAAAAAGUGGACCAACACAGUUUUCAACUGGUUUCCCAGCUGUACCUGUCCCUUCAACAAUUACAUCUGGAGAGAAUAAUGGAGACAGUGCAAUUGACAACGAAUUGGGUGAAGAUAUGCAGGUAGUCUCAUCAGAUAAUAAUGCAGUGGACAUUUCUGCAGAGGCAAACAAUGCAAUAGAGAUGUGGUCUCAAUUUGAUGCCUAUGUCUUGAAUGGCCUCAAGAACCGACCAGAAGUGUUUGUCGGAGCAGUGCAGCGUUUUAUGGAUGGUUUCCGAAGAGCAAAGUCAUCCUCUGAAAAUGCUGUCCUGUCCGCCAUGCACAACUUCAAUCGUGUGGUCAAAUACAACAGGCCCAAACACAACCAGGGCAACAUUGGGGUGAAUCGCCUUUCAGUCCAGAGGAGGAAAAGACCAGUUGGUGGAAGGCAGUGCGUACAGACUGGGAGGCCAGCAAGAGCAGCUCUCACAGCUGAGCAUGGUUUCGCACGGCAAUCGAAGAAACCAGCCUGGGAGAGAAAAGCGCCACCCAAACGAGCUUUUCCUCAUCAAGUAACUGAGAGAGCUGAACUAAUGUCGUAUAAUAAGAAGCCAAAAAAGUGUUAAUACCAGACAUCAGUAGUUAAAGUUGUUUGUGAUAAACUACUAUAUAGUAUUUACACUUUUUACAAUUGUUUGUCUGGAGGCUGUGAUGAAGUAUGUUUGGUUCAGAACAGUAGUUGUUUAAGUUUAUAAAGUUUUUGGUAAAUAAUAUUUACAUUUUAGUGAACAUAAUGUGAU